AUGAUUCAAGGUGGUGAUUUCACCGCAUUCAAUGGUACUGGCGGCGAAUCGAUCUACGGCGAAAAAUUCCCAGAUGAAAACUUCGAGCUCAAACAUGACCGCCCGUUCCUGCUUUCUAUGGCCAAUUCUGGCCCCGGAACCAAUGGGAGCCAGUUCUUCAUCACCACCGUCCCCACUCCGCAUCUAGAUGGCAAGCAUGUCGUAUUCGGCGAAGUCAUCAGCGGGAAAGGGCUAGUGCGCAAGAUUGAAAAGGCCCCCACGGACUCAGGCGACAAGCCACACAUGGAAGUCAAGGUUGUGGACUGUGGUCAACUGACUGGCGACGCCUACGAAACCGCUACCCAAUCAUCUGUUGACGAAACGGGCGACAAGUACGAGGACUACCCGGAGGAUGCAGGGAAGGAAUUUUCCGGGGAGGAGUAUUACAAAAUCGCCUGCGACCUGAAAGACUAUGGCAACAAGGCUUUCAAGGCCGGCAACGUAGACCUGGGCCUGGACAAGUACCAAAAGGGCCUGCGCUACCUCAACGAAUACCCGGAGACCUCGGAUUCGGAUCCGCCAGAACUUGCUGAGCAGAUGGCCAUGUUGCGAUUCACAUUGCACUCCAACUCAGCACUGCUAGCGAAUAAACUCAAGCAGUUCGAGGAUGGGCGCUCAUGGGCGGGUUUCGCGCUUGAGAACGCCGCGGCCGCUAAGGCGAAGGACGCAGAUAAGGCCAAGGCGUAUUACCGGCGAGCUAUGGCGUUGGUUGGGUUGAAGGAUGACGAGGAAGCAUUGAAGGAUCUGGCGGAGGCGGCGAAGUUGGCGCCGGGUGAUGCCGCGAUUACGAAUGAGACGGCGAGGGUCAAGAAGGCGAUUGCGGAUCAGCAACGGAAGGAGAAGGAGAUGCUGAAGAAGUUUUUCAAGUGA